AUGCUGUCCUACUCUAACUAUGUCUGUUGCAUGACGGAUGAUAGCUCUACGUCAAGUCCUUUUUCCGUUUCUGGUACGGCCUCUUCAAAUCAAUUGCAAGGAAUGCCAAAAAGGAAUAAUUUAGUCGUAGGUGGUGUGGCCUUCUAUUUGGUCGCCGUCUCCUUUAGAUAUUACAACGCUGGUUUGGCAUCGCAUUUGUUACUUUGCCUGAGCAUCAGGCAUACCUUGUCGAACGUACCCAGUCAUGCGUCCUCUGCCAUAUUAUUCGUAAUUUCCAGCAUCGGACUUGUCGCUGUGCUAACGAUGCUGCCUCUCACUGACGCUUCCGACUAA